GCGAAAAUAAAAAAUGAAAACGCGUACACGUUCUACAUAAUCAUCGUCUAUAAAUUAUUAUAAUUCCAUAACUAUAUGUCCAUCUAAGACAAAAUCCACUUAAAAUUCAAUUACUCAAGCAAUUUACAAUCAAUUUCUUCAAUCAUGACAGGCACAGGAGAGGAAAAUCAACCCAAAUUUCAACAAUCAGAGCCUCAGAUACCUUCUGUUUCUUCAUCUUCUUCAGAUCCUCAAGCACCAGAAAUGGAUCAGCAAAAAUGGGGAACUCAUAUUAUGGGUCCGCCUGCAAUUCCAACUUGUCAUCCAGAUAAUCAGAAAGCCGCCUUAUGGAGUGCUGAGGACCAAAAAGAAGAGUUUCAGCCACAGCCUUAUGUUGUUUAUUCCCCAAUUGACAAGCCUAGCAAUAACCCACUUGAAUCGGUUGUUAAUGUGUUCAAUUCAUGGAAUAAUAGAGCUGAGAACAUCGCCCGCAACAUUUGGUAUAAUCUGAAAGCUGGACCAUCAGUUACAAAAGCGGCAUGGGGAAAACUUAAUUUGACAGCCAAGAAGUUGACAGAGGGUGGAUUUGAGCCUCUUUACAAACAGAUUUUCGGAGCAGAUCCUAAUGAACAGCUGAAAAAGACAUUUGCUUGUUAUCUUUCCACUGCAACUGGUCCUGUUGCUGGUACACUCUAUCUGUCAACUACGAAAGUUGCUUUUUGCAGUGAUCGCCCAUUAUCAUUCAAAGCUCCAUCUGGUCAGGAGACCUGGAGCUACUACAAGGUAGUAAUACCGUUGGGAAAUAUUGGGACUAUAAACCCAAUAGUGAUGAGAGAGUCUCCACCAGAGAUGUACAUUCAGAUUGUUACCAUCGAUGGUCAUGAUUUCUGGUUCAUGGGGUUUGUGAAUUUUGAGAAAGCAAAACGUCAUCUACUUGAAACUUUGUCAAUUUUUAGAGCUCAACCUCCUCAUGUUGGGGAAGUCAAUGUGCAACAACCAGCUACUUACUAGAAGAAUUGGCCUGUCAUAGCUUAUUGGGCUGCACUCUGUUUUAGGUUUUUUUAUUUUUUCUGUUUGUUCCUGCAUUAGACAUAUCUUUGUAUUUUUUUAUUGUAACAUUACUUGUAUGUUUUUACUUAUUUGGGAGUGACUUGGUUGUUUUGAUGAGAAA